AUGUUAUGCCGUACCGCCCCUCCCAACACAAUUGCCGCCAGCCAAAUACCCAUAGUGGCGCCUGGGUCAUUCCAUUUGACACUCAAGGGGAAGGUUGCGACGGCAUUCGAGGUACUUCCCCCGUCCUUGGAAUUACCAUUGCCAUCGGAGCUAGAGCUGGAGCUUGUGCUGGUACUUGUGCUUGUGCUUGAAUCCGAGCUCCCGGAUUCCUCUGAGGCCCCUGAGAUAGUUGAGGACCCCGACGACGUUGUGGAAUUUGAUGACCCACCGGAGGUCAAUGAUAUAGCUGAGGUCGAUAGUCUUGUUGAACGAGAGGGCCCUGCUGAGCCUGAUGCGCUCCUUGAAGCCGAUUGCCCUGAAUAUCCUGAUGCACGACUCCCUGAACGCGAUGGCGCCAGUAAGCCAGUCGAUCCACUCGAGCUAGUACUGUCGCUUGAACCAGUACUGUCACUUGAGCCUGUAGUUUCGCUUGGACCAGUACUGUCGCUUGAAUCAGUAGUUUCGCUUGAACCAGUAGUUUCACUUGGACCAGUACUGUCGCUUGAACCAGUAGCUUCGCUUGAACCAGUAGCUUCGCUUGAACCAGUAGCUUCGCUUGAACCAGUACUUUCAGUCGAACCGGUAUUUUCAGUUGAAGAAGCCGAUUCAUUUGUACUACUCGAUUCACUUGAGCUUUCCGAGCUCCCUGAGUCUCCCGAACCUCCAGAUCCUCCAGAUUCUACUGUCCGGGUCGUAGUACCGCAUCCUUCCUCUGCAUCGAAAUCAGAACUAUGGCGAACAAGCGGCAACAUGGGCACUGCAGUGACCAUGACCAGCGUCGAUGUAUCAGAUUUGUCGAAUUUUGUCGUGGCUGUCGUGACGGUCUUUGUACCAUCAGCGUGUGAAGUAAUAGUCUUCUUUGAACAAGUCCCCUCUUUAACAACCGUCGUAGUCAGAGAGUUGAGUUCAGCUGACGGUGCAUUCAUGCUGCAGGCUGUUUUGAUGGCGGUGUCUUCAAGAAUAGAGUAA